UUUCCCUCUCUCUAGCAACAGUGAGUUACUUGCUGCCUAUUCAUUAAUUAUUUUCCUGUGGUCUCCCUCAGCCGUUUGGACUCUGCUGAUAGCAAAGUGCUUCGUCUCUCUCUCUCUCUCUCACUCAGUUUUUUCAGUUCUUUCUCUCGCUCUCCUCUCUGACUGAAUAAAAAGUCUUAAAAAGGGAUGGAUCCAGUGACGGGGAGCUUGCCAGCUGCUGCUGCUGCUCUGAAUUGUGAGCUACUCCAACAAUAUCUGACCAGGACUGUAACAGAGAUGAUUCUCCUCUCACCUCGUACGAGUUGCAACACUUUUUCUGCUCCGGAACAAAAUAAUAAAAAAGGACCGCUGAAUCAAAGUGCUCGUUGUGCACUGCUUUUUCUACUUCUUCAUCUUGCCUUUGAUUUUUCUUCUUUGCAGCGCCAGCGCUGUGACUAUAAACAAAUAAAGAAAAAAAAUGGCAAGUGGAAAAGCGACUGGACUUUUUCGCUGGGCUGGUCAUAAUCCCUGUGCAGAACAUGUGGGAGUGUGAGAAGACCGAAGAGGAAUAAAUACCAUCCCACCGCCACUCAUCCUCCAAUCAGACCACUUUGUUUGACCGUGAAGAGCCAACGACACUGGGCCCUCGGCCGGCUAGUCCUCUACAAGGCUGCUCUUACAGCACCCAGCCGGCAGUUUUUUGCUGCUUGAAAGAGCAUGUUGCCAACGCUCUCCCUCUGCUCUAUCAUUUGGCUCAGCCGGGGUAUCAAGCUGAGGAAAGUGCUCCAGUCCACCAACACCGGUCAGGUCUGAAACCACUGCCGCAGCAGACACAGCAGCAGGACAGUACCUUAUCUUCUUUUGGACAUGCUUCUAAGCUUCGGGUGACUCCUCCCCGUCCCCUCAAGCAUCCCACCAUCGCUUCCCCAGAAAAGAAUUUGGGUUUCUGAAGGGAAUUUCUGCAUAGCCAUACCCUACUGGUGCAUUGGGACUCAGGGUCCGCCAUCUAAUCCCCUCUUCGGCAGCCAUUUUGAUUUUCUCCUGCCUUUCAAAAUGGCGGCGGAGGGUUUUCAGUACCGUGCCCUCUACGCAUUCACCAAGGACCAGGAGGAGGACUUGGAUCUGCAGCCUGGGGAUCUCCUGACGGUCAGCAAGGCCUCUCUGCUGUCCAUGGAGAGCUACCAGGAGGGGUGCGUGGAGCAGCCCGAGUGCCUGGGCUGGCUCCUGGGGUACAACGAGCGCACCAAGCAGAGAGGCGACUUCCCAGGGACGUAUGUUGAGUAUGUGGGCCCCGUUAAGAUGGCCCUUCCAUCCAGCCAACCCAGGUCCCAGCGACCCCUCCCAGCUGCUCCCAGACCAGAUUCGUCUCAAGCUGUUUCUAUGCCGGACCUGAGUGAGCAGUUCACACCGCCAGAGACUGCUCCCCCAGCGCUCGUCAGCCUGAUCCAGGCCAUAGAGAAGAGAGGUCUGGACUCUGAAACACUGUACAGGACAGCUAGUUCCUUGGCCUCAGACAGCCCAGUGCUCAGUCUGAUUUCUGAGGGUGACAUCAGUCAGAGCGACGUGGGUUUCCUGUCAGAGUGUGUCCUGCGUUACCUGAGAGACCUCCCAUCACCCCUCAUCCCCACCUGUACCUACCCUGACCUACAAGCUGCUGUCAAGCUGCAACAACAGGUCCUACAGCAGUCAGCAGACGGUGCAGUAGCCGGCAGUCAGGACAGAGAGGUGAGCCUGGUCCUGGAGAGCUCCACCAGUGUCCCUCUCCACCACCAGCUCACCCUGCAGUACCUCCUCACACACCUGGCCAAGGUCACUCAGGCUCAAGUCAACAACGGCCUGGACACACACACGCUGGGGAAGAUCUUUGGACCGCUGCUGAUUCGGACAGACUCCUCCACCCAUUGGUUGUCAUUGGAUGAGGACUUGCCUGCCCUAGCACUGGAGAGGCUCCUGAUAGAGAGAACUGUGGAGCGUGAGCUCAUUCCUCCAGCUCUCCCAGCGAAGCCAGUGAAGACAAAACCAACGCCGUCAGCCAUGACAGACACAUGCAGCCUGCUGAACGAUGCUGAGUGGUACUGGGGAGAAAUCUCCAGAGAGGAAGUGAAUGAGAAGCUGCGAGACACUCCUGACGGGACGUUCCUAGUCCGAGAUGCCUCCAGUAAACUAGAGGGCGAGUACACCCUCACCCUCAGGAAAGGAGGGAACAACAAGCUUAUAAAAAUCUACCACCGGGAGGGGAGGUACGGCUUCUCAGAGCCUCUUACCUUCCAGUCUGUAGUGGAGCUCAUCAACCACUACCGCCAUGAGUCCCUGGCCCAGUACAACGCCAAGCUGGACACCAAGCUUCUUUACCCCAUCUCCAAAUACCAACCGCUGGUGAAGGAGAACAGUAUAGAGGAGGUUGGAGAGCAGCUGAAGGUCUACCACGAGCAGUUCCAGGAGAAGAGCCGCGAGUACGACUCCUUGUACGAGGAAUACACACGCACCUCACAGGAGCUGCAGAUGAAGCGCACAGCCAUCGAAGCUUUCAAUGAGACCAUCAAGAUCUUUGAGGAGCAGUGUGAGACUCAGGAGCGCUACAGCAGAGAGUCUUUGGAGCGGUUCCAGCGCGAGGGCAACGAAAAGGAGAUCCAAAAGAUCCAGAGCAACUCGGAGCGUUUGAAGUCUCGGGUGACGGAGAUCCAUGACAGCAAGCGUAAGCUGGAGCAGGACCUGAGACAGCAGGUCUCCGAUAAUCGAGAGAUUGACAAGAAGAUGAACAGCCUCAAGCCAGAUCUCAUGCAGCUCCGCAAGAUCAGAGACCAAUACCUGGUAUGGCUGACACAGAAGGGGACAAGGCAGAAGAGGAUAAACGAAUGGCUGGGCAUAAAGAACGAUGCUGAUGACUCCUACUCACUGGUGGAGGACGAUGAGAGCUCGCCCCACCACGAUGAGUGCACCUGGUAUGUGGGUGACAUCAAACGCACCCAGGCGGAGGAGAUGCUGAGAGGAAAAUGUGAUGGGACCUUCCUCAUCCGUGAGAGCCAAUCUCAGAAGGGCUCCUUCGCCUGUUCUGUAGUUGUGGAUGGUGACGCCAAGCACUGCGUCAUCUACAAGACAGCCACAGGCUUUGGAUUUGCUGAGCCCUACAAUCUGUACUCCUCCCUCAAAGACCUGGUGCUCCACUACAAAAACGUCUCUUUGGUCCAACACAACGACCAGCUGAAUGUAAACCUGGCCUACCCGGUCCUGGCCCGCUCUCAGAAUCAGAACCAGCACCCCAGAUGAACUAGCCACCAGCAGUUAAGGACUCAGGACUCAGGAGCAGGGUGGGAAACCUAACUUUUUUGCUCAUUUGUGUCAGAAAAAAAAAAACAUUCAACCUCUCAACAGUGGUUAACUUGUUAAAGUGGCAGGUAGAAUAGACUUAGAGGCCACAACCAAAAUUUACCAGUGUUUGGCUGGUGCUAAUUUCCCACCCUGACCCAGUCUAGCAAAGAGCACUCCUUGCUAACAGCAUGGCUUCAAAAAAGCACACUAUUACCAAUAACUAAGCACUGUACAGUUAGCCUGGCUGACGCGGCGGGCAGUGACACAGGGAGGGUGGCGCAUUAGCCAGCCACGACUGUACAGUGUCAGUUAUGAGAAAAAAAAAGAACUGUGAGAGAAAACUAUGAGGAAAUUUCUUUUGACAAAAAUUGACUAAAUGUUGUUAGUGGAGGACAAAAUAAGCACAGAGAAAAACGAUUGAUAGCAAGACGGAGACGAAGAAGAUGAAGAGGAGGAGGAAGAGAGACCGGUUGGCAGAUGACGGGAAGGAUUACAGGUGGCACUUUUGUUUUUGCCUUGAACGCCUGGUAACUGUGCUUAGACAAAGGCCUGAGCUGUCAUCCCCAGACUGCCUGCAAACUCUCCGUAGACAAAAGCCUGAGCUGUCAGCCACAAAAAAAAAAAAAAAGACUGGCUUGGCUACCCA